AUGCGUUUCUUCGCUGCCGUUCUCACCACCCUCGCCGUGCGCGCCCUCGCCGCCAACGCCCCCGACGCCAAAAACGAGGACUACUCCACCGUCGUGGUCACCGACUACGCCACGUUCUGUCCCGAGGCCACCUCCGGGGCUCUGCCUGCCAGCACCGGUCUCCCCUCCAUCACCGUCUCCAACGGCAUCACCUACUCCAUCUCCCGCCCCCUGAUCACCUCCACCGUCACCCGCUGCAACAAGUGCCCCAGCUCCACCCCCACCGCCAUUCACACCCCCUCGACCAGCUCCAUCGUCGUCGUCCCAACCUCCCACCCUCUCAUCCCCUCCGCUCCCGCCCCCGUCCCCCCCUCCGCGCCUGCUUCCUCCGUCCCCGUCCCCGUCCCCUCCGGCGCCUCCCCCGACACCAAGUCCACAACCACUGGCCCCUCCGUUGCCCUCUCCACCGGUGGUGCGUCGCGCGCGGCCGCCGGUGCCGGCGCCGGGUUGGCCGGUGUGUUUGCGCUCGUUGCGUAUUUGCUGUGA